AUGGCAUCCAUCCUCAUCGCCGCCUCCGUCCUCUCCUACUCCGCCAUCCAAAAAUCCCGCGCCAAGCGCGCCUCCAGGAAACUCUCCUCCGACACGACCCGCUUCUCCUCCACGACCCGCUUCUCCGACCUCGAGCGCGACAACGCGGCCCGGAUCGCCCGACUGCAAGCCGGGACGUGCUUCUGCCAGACGAGCGACUGGCGGGGCGGAGGGUGCGAGACGCACGGCUACGUGCCCGCGGCCGGGGAGCCGGGCGGGCCGCCGGGGUACGGCGAGGUCGGGGGCGCGGGGGGCGUGGGCGGGGGAGGGGGGACGGGGCGGGGUGGGACGCGGGGCUCUGGGGGUGCGGCGGCGGCGGCGGCGAAGGGGUUCGACGCGCCUCCGACGACGCGGGUGCGCGGGGAGUCGUAUCCGGAGUAUCGGUAUAGGAGGGGUGAGGAAGAUGGGGCUCUGGCUGACAGGCAGCAGGGCGCGCCGGGGCCGAUGCGGGCAGAGGAGGUGAGGAGGAUUAACGAGGAGAGGAGGAAGGGGAUGAAGGCGGGUGGGUUUACGGGGUGGGUUUUGAGGAGGAAGGGGAAAAGUGGUAAUGGGGACGCUGUCGUCAGGUGA